UGCGAAAGCUGGAAAGCUUUCACCAAGUUCGAGUUCGGCUCAGCAGCUUCUAACGAACCACCGCGCACGCUGGGGAUCUCGCGCUCUGGAGAAAAGAAGAAAUCGCAGGCUUGAUUUUUUUUUGGACCGUCAAACAUGUUGGCAUUGGGCGGCACAAUGCAAGGGCACCGAUAACCACAGACAAUCGUGUGUGCUCGCUUUCACACGACCACAAUGCAGCUUCGCGCCGGAAACUUGCUGCGCUUCAACCGCUUGGGCCCCUCAGCCUGUUUUCUAAGACAUGCUGCAUUUGCUACGCAAAGGAAGCGGCCGCAAAUCCUGGACAAUAAUAGCUUGGGACAACUCUCUUUCGGCCGGCAACCCUCUCGUCACCUGUUCUUAUUGCCCCGACAACGCCGGUCGAAAGUGCGCGCUUCCAAGCUCGUAUCGGUGACACUCGCCAGCGCUCUGCUUGCAUUGUGGCUAUACCCGACUGAUGCCUUGCAGCACACUGACUCCAGGGCGAGAUUGGGCUCUGAGAACCCGGGAGAUGGCGCUGAUGAGCAUGACCGUGAAGCCGACCAGGCCGACUUGGCCAAGUUCACACAGAACGUCAGCGCUCUCUCUUUUGUACCCUCGACAGAUGGGCUGUCCGAGAAGGUCGUCGACCUGAUCAUGCCGGAGUGGAUAAAAUCUGUCCCCGGCUACAUCAGGAAACUACAGCGCGAGAUGAACAUGGAGCCCGGGUCGCUGGCGGCAGAGAUAUGGCGGGAAGCUCACGACCCCUUUACACACCCCGAGAUUCAAUAUGCGGCGAAGGUCCGCGUGUCGAACGAGCUGUGCGACGAGGAAAAGACCUUCUUGGAGCGGAGGCGGAUGAUGAUUGUGCCUGCGUUGGCACGGUUUUUGAGGAUUGACGAGGAGGAUAUCCAUCCGGACGAUGUCCCGACUAUUGCCAUGUGCGGCUCCGGAGGUGGUCUGAGAGCCCUGGUCGCAGGAACGGGCUCUUUCCUGGCGACCACGGAGGAUGGACUUUUUGACUGCGCGACAUACGUCUCAGGCGUGAGCGGCUCCUGCUGGCUGCAGUCCCUCUACUACUCCUCGGUCACAGGAACCAGUUUUGAAAAGGCCAUUGAUCAUCUCAAAGAGCGUCUCGGCACCCACAUUGCCUACCCACCGGUGGCCUUCAACGCGUUGACAUCGUCACCGACGAACAAGUACUUGUUGAGUGGGCUGGUAGAGAAGCUCAAAGGUGACUCCGGUGCGCAGCUUGGCCUCGUCGACAUCUACGGCAUGCUCUUAGCCGCAAGGCUGUUGGUCCCUAAGGGGGAAUUAGGAGUGGACGAGAAAGACUUCAAGCUGUCGAAUCAGCGGGAGUUUGUGCGCUAUGGUCAAAAUCCGCUCCCCAUCUAUACUGCUGUGCGGCAUGAGAUACCGGAGCUGGAUUCUCCCGACUAUGGCGGGCCAGGGUCGAUCUCAGAGGAGGCCAAAGACAGAGCCAAGAGAGAGGCCUGGUUCCAGUGGUUUGAGAUUACCCCAUACGAGUUCUUUUGCGAAGAGUUCUCUGCUGGUAUUCCCACAUGGGCCAUGGGGCGCAGGUUCAAGAAUGGGUCAGACGUGCCUUCAACGACAGGGUUCCGUCUGCCGGAGAUCCGCAUGCCCUUACUCCUGGGGAUUUGGGGGAGCGCAUUCUGUGCCACUCUGAGUCACUACUACCGAGAGAUCAGGCCAGUCAUCAAAAGUCUUCACCAAUCGCUAGAUGAGCUUAUUUGGGGCCACAACAAGGAUCUCAGCAAGGUUCAUCCCAUAGAGCCAGCCAACAUCCCGAAUUUUGUGCACGGAAUGUACGGCCAACUGCCCGAAACCGUUCCCCAAGCUGUUUACGACAACGAAUACAUCCAGCUUAUGGACGCGGGAAUGUCAAACAAUCUUCCCAUCUACCCGCUGCUCCGGCCGGGCCGAGAUGUCGACAUCAUUAUGGCGUUUGACGCUUCCGCCGACAUCAAGACCGAUAAUUGGCUCUCCGUGGCCGAAGGUUACGCUCGGCAGCGAAAAAUCAAGGGAUGGCCGGUGGGAAUCGGUUGGCCCAAACCCGCCGGAACCCCGUCCCAGGCCGCCGUCGAACUCGAGCAAGCUGAGGUUCACUCAGCCGUCGAGGCCGAAGGCAGAAUCAACAAAGCCAAAACGGACCAAGCUGCCCGCCACGCCGAACCCAGCCCGGCCCAGACAGCCAAAAAGCCGGGAGACCAACCCAUCAAACCCGAAAGCCAGCGCCAGACCGAAGCAGCCGCCGAACUGGGCUACUGCACCGUCUGGGUCGGCACAACGCAGGAACGCUCGUCCGACCCGCCACCGCCGCCCGUCGACGACACCUCCACCUGGCGGCUGAUGGAUCCAGACGCGGGCAUCACCGUUAUCUACUUGCCCUUUCUCGCCAACGAGAAAGCCGUGCCCGGCGUCGACGUGGCCGUCAGCGAUUACAUGAGCACGUGGAAUUUUGUGUACACGCCGCAGCAAAUUGACGAGGUCGUUGCGCUGGCCAGGGCGAACUACGCCGAGGGGAGGGAGCGGAUACGCGCUACGGUGCGGGCGGUGUAUGAGCGGAAGAAGAAGAGGCGGUUAAAGCGGGAGCGGAGAGAGGAGGAGGACGGGUUCAGGAGGGCUAUGAGGAGGAGGGUGAUAGGGAGCCUGGGAGAGGGCGAUCAUUUCAGUUGAAGUAGGGCCCGUGUUGGAGGCGAUUGGUGAUGGUUUCUGGUACCCUUUGUUUGGGAGGACAGGGCGAGGCGUGUACAAGUGAUGGAUCACCAAUGCUUUUUGUUUUCGCUUGGUUCGUCCUCAACACCACUCCCCAUGGCAGCUGCUUCUGCUACGGCCGAGACGGUUUGAAUGGUGAGGAACUUUGUCGGCGGAUUUCACUCGAUGGAUCGAAGGCGCAAGCGCUCUUCGGGGGCUCAGUAUUGUUGAGCGGGCGUGUCGACUUUGGCUGGUGCUGUCGGGUUCCGAUGACUGUUGCAUUCUUGUUGUUCUUGAGAUUUCAAUCCCUAUUGUUGCAGUUCCAAGCGCUGGCGCCGUCGUUGGGGUUCCCACCUUGCUCUUCUGAGUUUAUUGAUCUCAUAGCAGGGCGCUGUGAUACAAGUGCCGUUUGAUCCUAGCAAAAAUAGAAUAUGGGAUGAAUGCCUC